AUGCUGUUUUCCGUCAUUGUGUUUUUGGUUCAACUUUACACUUUUGUGUAUGGUGCAACAAAUGCUACCGAUUCUUGCACCAAUAGUCUUACCCGACUAGAAUGGCGCGAGCUUUCCACAGAUCACCAACAACAGUACAUCAAGGCUGUCCUCUGCUUGAUGAAAAAACCAAGUUUAAUCCCAAAACGACCUGCUAUAUCUAGAUAUGCCGAGUUUGGUGAGUUGCAUUCAAGAGUCGCAUCUACGUUUCACCAAUCUGCCUUGUUUCUUCCAUGGCAUCGAUCCUUUUUGAACGCGUUCGAGAGUGCUCUCAAAACUGAAUGCAAUUAUCCUGGCUCUCUUCCAUACUGGGAUUGGACUAUUGAUUCUCAAGCACCUGAAUCGUCGGUGAUAUGGGAUGCAACUGCAUUUGGUGGUAACGGAAAUCCCAAUACUCCUCAGCACUGUCUUGUCGAUGGUCCAUUCAAAAACUACCGAAUCAUUAUUCCUCAAAAAUUAUGUCUGUCUCGAAACUAUAGCAAAAACUUUACUUCUAGAGCAUCCUCUUAUUCUCCAGAAAACAUUCAGCGCAUUAUUGCCUCGCAAAAGAAUUAUGCAGACUUUAGAUUUACUCUCGAGGGUGGACCCCACGCUAUUGUUCAUAGCAGUAUUGGUGGCUGCAUGAGCUUAAUUCCUCUAAGUGCUCAAGAUCCAAUCUUUUAUCUGCACCACGCCAACGUGGAUCGUAUUUGGUAUCUUUGGCAAAAAAGGCAUGGUAAUGCAUACGGUGGAUUGCGCAGUAACAAUUCUCCCUCUAAAACAACCGAUAUACUGAGCAUGUUUAAAGUGACUAACCAGCCCGAUCUAAGCGUAUCCCAAGUGCUCAACACCACUUCUAGUGCGUAUAUUUGCUACACCUACUCCAACUCGGUUCGUCCAGUGCCAGCAUCAGCCAGUCUUCGCAAAAGUGUUUCGGAAUCUGUCCGUAAUACCUCUGCCCACAUAUCCAAACUACCUUCUAUGCCAAUCCUUACGCCAGCUAUAAUCAGUGCUGUAAAAAAGAUUGCUGCUGCCAAUGACUCGUUUAGUUAUGGUACAGAGCACAAAAUCACCCCAAAAGCUAAUGAUCGAAUCGACAAAAAAAAGCUUCGCUGUCCACCUAGAGUACCCAUGUCCAUGAUCACUCAGAUGAGACUGAAUAGUACAGAGCUAAAGCUUAUUCGACAAAAGGAAAAUGAGAAUUGCGCUUUUGUGAAUUUCUUGAACUUGGAAGAUGUCGGGUAUCAAUCUCGUGCAUCUUUGAGAAGCAUAGAAGGUGCGGUAUCAUAUAGAUCCGUGACGCAAGAGGAGUAUGAUGCUACCGAAAAUAUGUUUGAUCAACUCUACAAUAGCUACCAAGCUGCCAUUCGUGCUUGA